UUAAGUUUCAGUGUUUCACUGUAACUUCAAGUACGAAAAUGAAUCUUCAUUGUGCUUCUCUUGCUGCAACGAUAUCUUCCGUUUGCUCCAUCAAUGAAGCCACACACAAGUCUCGCACGCUUCAGAAGCGAGUCAACUCGGACGCGCCAAUCAAACUCAGCACCGAGUUUCUCUCCCAUGACUCGCUGGAACCCACCACCAAACCAUGCUUCUGUGGAAGAAGACACUUCAUUGAAGCUGCAACACUGGGAACUACCCUAUUUCCAAUACAACCCUCCAGAGCCACCAACCCACCACGUGAAUACACGGCUUUGCUUAAAAAGUUUCAUCCACCAAGACCUGAUUGGUACGAGGAGUUCUAUGCUUCGGUUAUGAAUUCAGCUACUAAGGAUUAUGAAGCUGAGGUUGCAAUGUACAAGUCUCAAAUCUUCGGUAACUUGAAGGGGAAGGGUCUAAGAAUAUUGGAGAUUGGCAUCGGAACCGGUCCCAACCUCUGUUAUUAUGCCAGUGGCUCUGGUGUUGAGGUCGUUGGUAUUGAUCCAAACCCGAAGAUGGAAAAAUAUGCUCGGUCCUCGGCUGCGUCGGCUGGAUUGCCUACUUCAAAUUUUGAGUUUAUACAAGCUGUUGGCGAGGCUAUACCAUUAAGUGAUGCUUCUGUUGAUGCAGUUGUUGGAACACUUGUCUUGUGUUCUGUUAAAGAUGUUGAUAUGACACUGAAAGAAGUGAGGAGGGUGCUGCGACCUGGUGGACUAUAUGUGUUUGUAGAACAUGUGGCUGCGAAAGAUGGAACUUUUCUCAAAUUUAUGCAGAGAGUUCUUGAUCCUCUGCAACAGACACUUGCAGAUGGGUGCCACCUUUCUAGGGAAACCGGAAACGAUAUAUCCAGGGCCGGAUUUUCAAGUGUUGAGCUCAACACGGCAUUCUUGUCUAGUGCUACAUUUAUAAAUCCCCAUGCAUAUGGAAUAGCUUACAAGUAGCAUGAAAAGAAUGUCUUUAAUCCUCUUAGCCUGCCAGCUACAAAUCUACAAUGCCAGGAAACGAUUGUAGCCUUUUUCAGGUACUUCACCCGAGUGCAGGUUUCAACACAAAAAAACUCAUCACUAAUUGUGAAGCCCUGUGGUGAUCAAUAUCUAUUUACAUCUAUGUCUUGACCAAUUUAGCAUCAACUUCAACAUGCUUUGAUCAUCAUGUGAAGGGCCCCUCUUCAUAUUCGUGAAGAUCACUGCGACAGGUAGCUUCUUAUUGGGGGCAUGUUUGUAAAUAAUGAAGCAUAUAAUUGAAAUUUAAAAAAGAGAAAAAAAAGGACUUUCUUGUAUAAUCUGCUAACUUGAUGUGAAUGUGACUAAGCAAGAACUUGGUUAGUUUGUUGUUGCACUCAUUUGUUUUUAUAGAUCUGAAUUGUGUGUUGAAGGUUUGUUUUGUUGGUUUGCUUUGCUUCCUUUCCCUUUGUUAUGAUCCGUGUCUGUUGUCCUCAUGUAUACAUCUAUGAUCUAUCCAAGUGUUAUAAACAUUAUUAUCAAAA